AUGUGGUUAGUUGCGAAAAACAGUUCCCUGCUGUCGCCUGAUCUGACGCUGAUCAUUUUGCAUAUUUCCUUAAGAAAUUUAAGGGUGUUGGGGUCCAUCGGGCCAAGAACCUCCAUGCAUAUUGGCAAGAAUUCCAUCGAGGGGAGGGGGUUCCCAUAUUUUUUCAUUUUCUCGUCCGCUGCCCUGGCCGCGGCCAAACCGCAUUCUUUACUUGUCAGGUUUACGUAUCGUUCGGCGAGGGUGCCAGGGACCGUAACAUCCCACGCCAAACAUCUGCCGGCUCUCCAAGGUAUUAGCGUGCAUCCGUCCUGGCGCCUACCAUCAUGCGCAGAAAUGCCGGAUGGUUCCUUGAGAACCGGGAUUGAAGCCUUGGAAAAGAGCUGA